AUGAGCGAAAGAUGGGUAUAUUUGUAUACAGCUUGUCCAGGGAAGGGCUGCAGUAACGAAACACCCUCUUACUGGGUUCAUUCUACGGAUGAUUAUCGCACAAAAAUAUCCAACCAUGGCCGUAUUAAAUGUAGUGUUUGUCCAACAGUUGACUAUAUAAAAAAUUGGGGUUUUGCUUGCUCUAAUCAUCGUGGAGAAUACCGAUCAACCAGUUGCAUAUCAUUCGGAAAAGCCUUAUUUGUUGUCACCAAUAAUACAGAAAUGGAUGACGAUUUCAUCGAUGAUUUAACUCGAUAUUUAAGAAGAAAUAAGUGGGAUUAUGGGUG